UCCUCCUGUUGAAGAGGGAUUUGCUCUCCAACCUCCAGACCCACACAGAUCUGCUUACCUCCAUCGCCGAUUGCAUCCACCCCCAGCUGCCCCACCUCCAAGUUCCGAUCCUCACCGUGUGGCUCUCGACGUCCCUCCUCUGUUUUGUUCACAUUCCGGGGCUCUCGAAGCUGAUCCAGUGUGCUCUGGGGACGGAUCCUUUCGCUUGUGCCUCCAAAGAUCGAUCUGCUCGAGAUUGCAGAUCCGAUGCCAUUUUCAUCAUAUUCUGUAAUUGUUGUAGCCUAAUAUUGGGCCCGGUGUUUGGAAGAUAAGAUCUCGUGCUGUCCUUGUAUUGGGGCUGCUAUUUGAAGAUCUAUGAUGCCUUUGAACUGCAAGUGGAUUUUCCUUUUCGGAUUGGUUCUCUUUUCCCAUGGCUGCUAUGGGUUCUAUCUGCCUGGAAGCUACAUGCACACAUACUCCACGGGUGAUAAGAUAUAUGCCAAAGUCAAUUCCUUGACAUCUAUUGAAACAGAGCUUCCUUUCAACUAUUACAGUCUACCUUACUGCCAGCCACAGGAUGGCCUUAAGAAGAGUGCCGAGAACCUUGGAGAGCUUCUCAUGGGAGAUCAGAUUGACAACUCUCCUUAUCGAUUCCGAAUGAAUGUGAAUGAGUCAGUUUACCUCUGUACUACUAAGGGGUUGAAAGAGAAGGAGGUGAAGCUCUUGAAACAGAGGACUCGUGAUCUCUAUCAGGUCAACAUGAUUCUUGAUAACUUGCCUGCAAUGAGAUAUGCCAAUCAGAAGGGGAUCACCAUACAGUGGACCGGUUUUCCUGUUGGGUAUACACCGUCGGAUAGCAAAGAAGAUUACAUCAUCAAUCACCUCAGGUUCAGGGUCUUGGUUCACGAAUAUGAAGGGAGCGGUGUGGAGAUUAUAGGUACUGGGGAAGAAGGGUUGGGUGUGAUCUCAGAAGCUGACAAGAAGAAGGCUUCUGGAUUUGAAAUUGUUGGGUUUGAGGUUUAUCCCUGCAGUGUUAAGUAUGAUCCUGAGAAAAUGUCAAAACAUAACAUGUACGAUAAAGUCGAUCCAGUAAACUGCCCUUCAGAGCUUGAAAAGUCACAAAUAAUAAGGGAACAAGAGAGAGUGACAUUCACUUAUGAAGUCGAAUUCGUGAAGAGUGAUAUCAGGUGGCCUUCACGGUGGGAUGCUUAUCUGAAGAUGGAAGGAGCUCGGGUUCACUGGUUCUCGAUCCUCAAUUCAUUGAUGGUGAUCUUCUUCUUAGCAGGCAUUGUCUUUGUGAUUUUCCUUAGGACGGUGAGAAGAGAUCUGACUAGGUAUGAGGAACUGGACAAAGAGGCUCAAGCACAGAUGAAUGAGGAACUCUCAGGUUGGAAGCUUGUUGUGGGUGAUGUUUUCAGAGAGCCUGAGUGCUCCAAGCUUCUGUGCGUGAUGAUUGGGGAUGGAGUUCAGAUCUUGGGAAUGGCAGCUGUUACGAUUGUAUUUGCUGCUCUGGGCUUCAUGUCCCCUGCUUCUCGGGGAAUGCUGUUGACAGGAAUGAUCAUCCUUUACCUCUUCCUUGGAAUUGCUGCUGGUUAUGUUGGGGUCCGCCUGUGGAGAACCAUCAAAGGAACCUCUGAGGGGUGGCGUUCGGUCUCAUGGUCUAUCGCCUGCUUCUUCCCUGGAAUAGUAUUUGUUAUUCUCACAGUUCUCAAUUUCUUACUCUGGGGAAGCAAAAGUACUGGAGCAAUUCCCAUUUCCCUCUACUUCAUUCUCUUCUCCCUCUGGUUCUGCGUUUCUGUUCCGCUCACCCUCUUGGGAGGAUUUCUGGGAACCCGAGCUGAAGCAAUCCAAUAUCCUGUCCGGACCAACCAAAUCCCACGAGAAAUCCCUGCCCGUAAAUACCCCUCAUGGCUUCUUGUUCUUGGAGCUGGGACCCUCCCCUUUGGUACCCUCUUCAUCGAGCUCUUCUUCAUUCUCUCUAGCAUCUGGCUCGGGAGGUUCUACUAUGUCUUCGGGUUCCUUCUCAUCGUACUCACGAUGCUAAUAGUUGUUUGUGCCGAGGUCUCUCUGGUCCUCACUUACAUGCAUCUCUGUGUGGAGGACUGGAGAUGGUGGUGGAAAGCUUUCUAUGCUUCUGGUUCGGUUGCUCUCUACGUAUUCCUGUACUCGAUCAACUACUUGGUUUUCGACCUCAAGAGUCUAAGCGGGCCGGUGUCUGCAAUGCUUUACCUCGGUUACUCACUGAUAAUGGCCGUUGCUAUCAUGCUGUCUACCGGGACUGUUGGCUUCCUGACAUCAUUCUACUUUGUCCACUACCUUUUCUCUUCAGUGAAGAUUGAUUGAAGGAGGGGAAUCCCCUCAGACUUUUGCGAACCCUUUCAGAGACUCUGGUAAGAAUAUGUUGCUUUGAUGGUUAUUCCGGUUUUCUCUGAGCAUUAAUCAAUCAAUUUGUAGCUUAAGAGUUGAUAUGUGGACCCUCCUGUUGAUCUUCUUGAGCUUCCUGAUGUUGGAGGGUUCUAUACGAAUUUGUGAAAUUGUUUUAGGCAGUUACAGUCAGCUGUACUCUUUUUACCUCUUCACCUCCAUAACUAUAGUCAGUUCCUUUGAUGUGUUGAGUUUGGUUUGAUUUGGUGACACAGUAUUAAAUCAGCUUUGUAGCGGAUUCGAAAAUGAAUAUCUAUUCAAUCUCUGGAUUAUGCACUCA